AUGGAGAAAAGCAUGGAGAAACAAGACCUGAACAUAGACUCGUGCGACAAAGUCGAAACCCAUGGGCUCGGCACAUAUCAGGAUGAACAGCUAUACCAAUUGGGGUACAAGCCUCAGCUGCGCCGCACGCGCAAGCUGUCGAGCAUGCUAUUCAUGUCCUUGUCAAUUGCCUCUAUUCCCUAUGGCAUCGGUAGCGCCCUUAUCAACGCCGUAUAUGGCGGCGGUCAACUCUCCUCUCUUCAUUGGACUUCUGGUAGUGCUGGCACUGGAUACCUGCGUUGCCCUAUCUCUUUCGGAACUCGCCUCAAGAUACCCUACCUCAUCUGCGGGAGUAGAAAGCUGGUCUCGUUUGUCACAGGCUGGAUCUGGCUCAUCGGGAACUGGACAAUAUCGCUUUCCGUGAACUUCGGAAUUGCUUCUCUCAUCGUCGCAACUGUGUCUAUCUUCUAUCCUGCCUGGACAGCCUCUGACUGGCAACUCCUUCUCAUAUUCUACGCCAUCUGUCUAGUGGUGUUCAUGAUAUGCUUCUUCGCCGACCACCUCCUUCCUCUCAUCGACACUCUCUCCUCAGCGUUUUCGGUCGUCACAUGUACCACACUCGCCAUAACCCUCCUCGUCCUUGCAAAGACCGGUCGUCACGAUGCCUACACAGGUUUCGUUGGGUAUGAUCCCAGAUAUUCCGGCUGGGGGGAGCAUUUCACCUUUUUCAUCGGUCUCCUCCCUCCAGCCUACGCAUUCUCCGCACUAGGAAUGGUGACCUCUAUGGCGGAAGAAUGUACAGACCCGGAAGUCCAAAUCCCCACAGCUAUCAGCCUGGUACCUGUGGUAGCCGGUGCCGCAGCGCUAGUAUUCACUGUGCCAAUUUGCUUCACACUUCCGCCGCUAGCGGACAUCAUUACCGCGCCAUACGGCCAAGCCCUGCCAUAUAUUAUCCAUGUAGUGACAGGCUCACCCGCAGCCUCAAUCGUCCUCAUGGUCCUUGUUUUAUUCGUCGCCCUUUUCUGCUCUAUCAGCAUCACAACCACCGCCGGGAGAUGCACCUGGGCGUUCUCGCGCGACAACGCAAUCCCAUUCUCGCACCUCUGGUCAUCCACUGUCAGAGACAGCCCACUGGCAGCGCUGUGCUUGGUUACGGCUGUUGAGAUGCUACUAGGACUCACUUACCUCGGAAGCAGUAGUGCAUUCACAGCUUUUGCGUCGGUAGGCGUGAUCGCGUUGGCUGUAGCGUAUGCGAUUCCAGUCGCUAUCAGUCUGUUUGUUGAUCGCCGAGUGGAAAUUAGUCAGUCGCGCUGGAAGCUGAAUCCCGUCAUUGGAAGGGCAGCGAAUAUCCUUGCGCUCUUGUGGAUUUCUUUCCAGGUUGUUCUGUUUAGUAUGCCUGUCACGCUUCCUGUCACUAGCGAAACGAUGACCUAUGCGUCGGUUGUGUUCGUGGGUUGUGUUGCUUUAAGUAUGGGCUGGUAUAUGUUCUAUGGGCGGAGAUAUUUCAAAGGGCCUCUAGAAGAGGCUGGGCGCUCUUAA